AUGUCCGAGCAACGGUUUUCACGCCUAUUUGUCGCUCCUGAUGAUGCAAAUUGGCCAUUGACGUGCCCCAUCAACCACUCUUUCGAGGCCGCGCUUCCAGAUGUUCCAGAGGAGGAAGAGCAAUGUGUCUUAGCUCGUCGCUCCCGUCUUAGUGUCAGGAGCAACAAUUCUUCGCUGCGAGGGAGCCAAUCUGUUCCUCUCCUCCGACAGCUAGUACAGAGCCAGGCCACGACAGCGCGCCCGCCAAGUGGCGAGUCUGUCACUCUUGGUCGCUUUGAUUUGUUUGCUGCUCAGACAGCUCUUCGAGAGGGUCUCGAGAAUGAGGAUGGCGGAGUUGAGAUACUGCCGCGAGACAGCUGGGAGGAGGUCAUCGACUAUUGUUAUGACCAUGAGGCCGAAGCUGACUGCGACUAUGCCUGGGACCGCCCGUCGCUCGACCUCACUCGAGACGACAGCACAGUCACCCCUCCCGCCGAAGACGACAUUCGCCACUUCCGAAGCAGCAGCCAGGUCCUGCCAGCUAUGCUCACCCCCGGCGGUUUUGAUGUGCCUGCUUUGAGCCCGGCCAGCCAAAUUUCAUCAACAACCAUGCAAGAGGCAGUUACUCCCACAGCCCCGGCCAUGUCAACGAAGUCCCCAACGCGGUCCAACUUCUCCUUGCCGCGAAAGGAUGGUCGUCAGGCACCUCGCUUCUUGCACGUCCGCACAACUUCGCAUGCAUCAAGCUUCAAGGAGUCGCAAGGCUUCACCCUUUCGCCAUCUCUUUUGAUUCCAGGUGACUACCACCAAGAGCUACUAUCCCACCAGGCCGAGCUCCGCGAGAACGAUGAGUUUGUCGGAAAGAGUCCAUAUGAGGAGCCCACUCUUACCCUGAGCACAUCAAACUUGUUUGUCCAGUCACGAUCGAGCGCAUCGACCACUGGAAGCAAUGAUUCAUCGCGAUCAGGAUCCGAGCGUCACAUAUCGACGGCAUCUACCGCCACUGACUACACCCGCUUGACCAUGAGCACAUCUUCAAUCAACAUGGAGGACAUGGUCACCAAAGAGCCGGUGCCGUCUUUUGUUGACCAUGAUGAUGUCACGGAGCCUACUCACACCCGUAGCGGCAGCAAGGCUAGCCCAAUGGCAGUCCUUCUAGAAUCUGAGACUUUGGGAUCACCUCUGCGCCGCGACUUGAACCGAGGUAGCGACACGAACCUGUCCAGCAAGCGAAGAGAUUCUCUUCACACUCGGCGUGGCCGUGCUCGCACGACGAGCCUCAGCACUCCUCCGCCUCCGGGUCAAUAUGCGCUGUUCCCGCAAAUCAACAUGACUGGCCCGCGUAUCUAA